UGGAAUAGUCAAAGUUAACUGGUCUCUGGCUGAUGUGUACGCUAGAUGAAAACUUGUCUACUGGUCUAUCCUCUGCAUUCGUUGCACUCGCAGUGAUCGUUGCACACUCGUCGCAACGUCGGACGUAUCGUUCGGUAUCAUAACAACACAAUUUUCCAGAUUCAUCGAUUCAAUCACUGAAUCGUGAAAAAAAAAGAAGUUGUAAAUUUUAUUUUUUUAUUGCAAUUGUCGAAGAGGACGAGUCUGAGUAAACAGCCGAGGACGGAGAAUCCGUUGGGUCUGCGGGAGGCGUCCAAGCGUCUAGGGGGUUUGAUCGAUCGAGAAUAAACUGGGGAGUCGAACGCGAGCGGUGUUAACGUCUUUUUCCACUUCUCGCUAUUUCUGCAAAGGACUUAAAAAAUUGUUGUUUCGUUUAUUGAUUUUUUAAAUAUAUUUUCGACGGAGCGAUUGAAACGGUCGACGGCUGUACCACUCACGAAGGGAGGGGCAUGCCAUUCAACAAACGAUGUGGUACUUCGGAGUAGUUGUUAAUGUAGUAUGUGUGUGACAACGGGAUUGACAACAUGGAUACAGUGGGUAAUUGCACACUGCCGGCAAUCGAGGACUUUCCACAUGACCUGUUUGACGAGGGGCAACGACAAGCCGGUGCUGUCGUCGUACAUGUCCUCAUAUCUCUUUACCUGUUCAUCGCUUUAGCGGUAGUAUGCGACAAAUUUUUCGUACCUGCUGUAGAAAGAAUAUGCCAUGCGUUGUCAAUGUCGAAGGACGUUGCAGGCGCCACAUUCAUGGCAGCCGCGACAUCCGCACCCGAGUUGUUCGUCAACGCAAUUGGCACAUUCAUCACCGAAGGUGAUAUCGGUGUCGGUACAAUAGUAGGAUCGGCGGUCUUUAAUAUUCUCGCAGUACCCGCCUGCUGUGGAAUUGGCGCUGGAAUGGUCGUUCCACUGGAUUGGUGGCCAGUGAGCAGAGACUGUUUGGCCUACGGCGUCACUGUUGCAAUCUUAAUCUGCAUUAUUCACGACGAGAGGGUGGAAUGGUACGAGGCACUGUGUCUGGUGCUUCUUUACAUCGUUUACAUCGCUGUUAUGUACUGGGACAAAUCAUUUCAACGGUGUACGAGAUUCCGGACGAAGAACAGUGUUUCAUCGUCGGAGGAUGGGCGAAUUACUCCAGGGGACGCUGGGGAAAUGCACUUAUCAAGAUCCGAUAAAUUACAAUCACCGGGUGAGAGAGGUGAACAAAUUGCAACCAUCGAUGUACCACUGCAGAAUGGUGGCACUAAAAGCCAAGAGGAGAAUCACGAUGCUGAUUAUGAAUAUGAAUUACUAGUUUGGCCAGCCCGAGGUGGUUGGAUCCGAAAAACCGCAUGGAUCCUCACCUGGCCAAUUCACCUCAUCUUCAUGUGUACAAUCCCCGACUGCGAGAAGCCAAGAUUUAAAAAGUGGUUCCCAAUAACAUUCAUCAUGUGCAUCAUAUGGAUAGGCUCACUCAGUUACGUCGUAGCCUGGAUGAUCACAAUUAUCGGCGAUACACUGAAGAUACCAGACUCGGUUAUGGGUAUAACAUUUUUAGCUGCUGGAACUAGUGUGCCAGAAGCUGUCUCAAGUGUUAUUGUAGCGAAACAAGGUCACGGAUCGAUGGGAAUCAGCAACUCGAUCGGCUCAAAUACAUUCGACAUACUACUGUGCCUCGGUUUACCCUGGCUCAUUAAGUCAUCAUUCUCACCGACAAUCCCUGGUCGUCACUUCAUAAGCAUCAACUCCGGUGGUCUAGAGUACAGCGCAAUAUCACUACUCUCGACUCUACUACUUCUCUACAUAGCGUUUGCAUCAAACAAAUUUCAGCUUGAUCAGAAAGUUGGACGUGCUUGUCUCUGCAUGUAUGCAGUCUUUCUCAUUCUCGCCUCGCUUAUCGAGCUCAAUGUCUUCUUCAGGGUAAAUCUUCCAACUUGCAAGAAAACAGUCAAGUGAUAUGAAAUUUCCUAGAAUCUCAUUAAUUCAAUUUUUUUUAAGUCUUCUGAGAAUUGAGGUUUUGCAGGAAAUCAGAAUGGAGAAUGUCGGACGAAUAUUUGAAAGAAUAUUUAAUGUUCUCCAUUCGAUUUUCAUUUUUGACAAUAAAAAACACGUGCGAAAAAAUUUUAUAGGAAUAUCUAGUAUUUUUAUCAGAAAAUUGAAUUUCCAUUGAACUUCCUUCAGGAAUUUCACGAGUUUCCCGGUGAUUCUAUUAAAAAAUCAGUGAUUUGUCUGAAUAUUUUUGAUUGAAAUGUUGAGUAUAAAUUAUUCUACAAAAAAUGAAUAGAUGUGAAUGUUUUUUUCAAAUUCUUCUGUCUUAUCUCCAAACAUCAAAAAUAUGUCUCAUGUUUAUCUCUUGAUUCUUAUUCUGAUUAUAUUUGUUUACCUCCAUUGUGACUUACGUUCUCACCCCUAUUUUCUGGCCUUAAUUUUCUUAUUUUCUAUUCUUAUCUCAAUUCCGUGUUCUAAUUUUUAUUUUAUCGUAUAAACACCCUCUGCAUAGAAAUUCUACAUUUUAAUUCGUUCUCCACCGAAAGGAGAUCAGAAAUACAAUGGAAAAACCACGAAAAACAACGCCUGUUGUUCUAUAACAAUUUUUUUGUCUCAAACAUUUCUAUCAGAAAACUAAUAGAACCUCUAAUAGAAGUGCCUACGAUGCACUAGACUUUUCUAUCGAAUAUUUUCGUACGUAAACAUCAUGCAAAGCCCAAAUCAUUGAUCUACCCUUGAGAUAUUCAGAUUACAGUCUGAAUGUGUUGGCAUUUUUGUUUCUUCGUUAUUAUUUCUUUCAUGAGAAAACACGUGUUGUCAGAGAUAUAUGGGGUGUUUCUGAAGCACCAGAAUGUCUGUUACAUAACACCCUGUCUUUGAAGGUGCCCUACGUAAUAUCGACUCAGAGACUUUCAAAUUUAUUCGCAUAUAAAUAUCUACAUGGGCGCACACGUAUUAUUUUCCCCCCUUUCGCCCACCCACUACCCUAUUCAACCCUCUGUGUACAGUUUUUAUCACACACUUGAUACCAAGAAUUCAAAAAGGCAUUUUAUACGUUCAUAACUCUUCUGGAAUUUUUUUCCCUUCCUUUAGAACACUCGAGAAUCAAGUUUUAGCCAAAGAUUAUUAUUCUCAUGUAUUAUUUCCAUGUCUGUUGAUUUUCAGAGAAUAUUCUCAGCUCUCUCUCUCUCACUGUCUCUUUGAACCCACUGUCCCUCGCUCUCUAUUUUAUAGACUAUUUUGGUAAUUUGUAAGUUAAGAGGACAUCAUUUUUAUUGUUAUUUUUUUUGGCACGGAUUUUGAAACAACGAAGGUGAUAAUGAGUGCCGGCAAAUGAGUCAAUUAUUGCGUCGAUUUUAGGUCAAGGUUGCACAAGUGGAAAAUUUGAUUCUUGGAAAUUGUUGUGGAAUUACGGAAAAUUGAAAAGUGGAACAUACGUAGCUAGUUAAAUUUAUGACUUAAGAUUAAUAAAUUGCAGUAAUAAAUUAUUAUAAAAUAAUA